CGCCCCUUGACGUCACAUCCGCGCGCAUCGUGACGUCAUCGCUGCGCGACGCGCGAGGAGCGCGCGGGACGGCGCCGCCAUGAGCAGCGACCUGGACGUGUUCGUGGGGAACACGACGCUGAUCGACGAGGAGGUGUACCGGCUGUGGCUGGACGGGCACUCGGUGGCCGAGGCCGUGGCGCGCCGCCUGCGGGGCGGGGUCCUGGAGCGCGAGGGGACCUCGGUGGCCGUGCUGCAGAGCGACACCCGCGACCACUACCGGACGUUCCAGAUGCUGGAGCGGCUCCUGCACGCCCCGCCCCGGCUGCUGCAGCAGCUGCUCUUCCAGAUCCCGCCCGAGCGGCAGGCCCUGCUGGUGCAGCGGUACUACGCCUUCGACGAGGCCCUGGCCCGGGAGCUGCUGGGCAAGAAACUCUCCAAGGGCACCAAGAAGGAGCUGGACGAGGUCAGCGCCCGCACCGGGGUCGGGAUCCGCAGCUGCCGCCGCCAGUUUGACAACUUCAAGAGGGUCUUCAAGGCCGUGGAGGAGCUGCGGGGGCCCCUGGCCGAGAACAUCCAGCAGCUGUUCCUGCUGCCCCCGCCCCUCGCCCGGGACUACGCCGCCAUCGUGUUCUUCGCCAACAGCCGCUUCGAGACCGGCAAGCGGCGCCUGCAGUUCCUGAGCUUCGCCGACUUCGCCGCCUGCGCCCAGAGCAUGAUGGGGCACUGGAGCCAGGGGGCCCUGGGUGAGCCCCCAGACCCCCGAGGGACCCCCGGGACCCCCCGUGACCCCCCCGUGACCCCCCUGUCCCCACCAGCCCCCGAGGCGGCCGAACCCGACGGGGACCUGCCCAAGUCCUUCCUGCAGGACCUGAAGGAGCUGAAGGUGCUGGUGGCCGACAAGGACCUGCUGGACCAGCACAAGAGCCUGGUGUGCUCGGCCCUGCGGGGGAAGAUCUCGGUCUACAACGAGCUCGAGGCCAACUUCAAGGCGCUGUCCCGGGCGCUGGUGAACGUGGGGGGGAAGCUGACGCACGCCCGCGACGUCCGGGAUUUCUUCGUGGACCUGGUGGAGAAGGUGAUCGAGCCGUGCCGCUCCGACAAGUGGAGCCCGGGGGACCUGCGGCUCUUCCUCACCCACUACACGGCGGCGCCGCGGAGCCUGCCGGGCUUCAGGCACCAGGCGCUGUGGGAGCGCUACAUGGCCGCCAUCACCGCCUGCCUGCUGCGCAUGUACCACGACUGACCCCAAAAACUGCACCCCAAAACCGGGACUGACCCCAGAACUGCACCCCAAAACCGGGACAGCACCAAAACCGGCACCCCAAAACCGGGACAGCACCAAAACCGGCACCCUAAAACUGGGACAGCACCAGAAACCGCACCCCAAAACCGGGACUGACCCCAAAACUGCACCCCAAAACCGGGACUGACCCCAAAAACUGCACCCCAAAACCGGGACUGACCCAGAACCGGCACCCCAAAACCGGGACUGACCCCAAAACCGCACCCCAAAACCGGGACUGACCCCAAAACCGCACCCCAAAACCGGGACUGACCCAGAACCGGCACCCCAAAACCGGGACAGCCCCAGAACCGGCACCCCAAAACCGGGACAGCACCAAAACCGCACCCCAAAACCGGGACUGACCCCAAAAACCGCACCCCAAAACCGGGACUGACCCCAAAACUGCACCCCAAAACCGGGACUGACCCAGAACUGGCACCCCAAAACCGGGACAGCCCCAGAAACCACGACUGACCCCAAAAAACCGCACCCCAAAACCGGGACUGACCCCAAAACCGCACCCCAAAACCGGGACAGCCCCAAAACCAGCACCCCAAAACCGGGACUCACCCCAAAACCGCACCCCAAAACCGGGACAGCCCCAGACCCGGCACCCCAAAACCGGGACAGCCCCAAAACCGGGACAGCCCCAAAACUGGGGCCCCCCCCACAUACCAGAGCCCAGCACCCCGAGGAUGUGACACCCCCGGACCUGCAAUGCCCCUCCCAAAACGGGGGUACCCCAAAAAUGGGGCAGCCUCCAAAUAUGGGACUCCAAAAAGUGGGGCGGGGGGUCCCCGAAAACCCCGCAGCGUGAGGAUGGAGGAUCAACAUCCCAAAAUUCGGAUUUUUGGGGUCUGGGGGAUCUGCCGGAAACGGGGACCACGAGCACCAGGAAAAACCCAGAGGAUCCCGGAGCAGCAGCACCCCAAAAAUCGGGACAUUUGGAAUGGGGGGCCCCAAAAAGGGGUAACCCCCAAAACCGGGACCCCCCUAAAAUGGGGGACGCCCCACAGCUGGGCACGCCCCUCCCGUGUGACCCCAAAAAGGGGGGGGGGGCAAUAAAGAGCUGGAACCAGA